GCCGUCACGUCAUAUUAUUCGGACCCUUUGGAGCGCGCAUGACAUCUGCAAAUCAUGCGGUUCAUCGUCGAGAGUGGGAUGCCGUUCAACAGCACGAAGCUUGAAAGCUUCAAACGCAUGUUCACGAUGAUAAUCCCGCCGGGGGUUCMAGGGGCGCCCGCGCCUAGAYUUCCCUYGUACCACAUGCUGCGCASGACCCUUUUGGACGAGCUGGAUGGUGAGGUCCAGAAGUGUGUUCGGCCGGUGCUUGACACGUCGAGAGAGACCGGUUGCACAAUYAUGACCGAUGGUUGGACCAACAUCCGUGGUCAGACGUUGUGCAACUACCUUGUUGGUACAAAGAUCGGGGUGGUGUAUGUGUCCACCGACGUCAUGCGUGGCAAAAAGGACGCCAGUGCCCUCGCGAACGCAUGGUUGAAAAAGGUGAAGUCCAUGGACAUUCAAUUGAGCGACAUCACGGCGUUCGUGACGGACUCCGCCAGGGUGAACGUCGCGGCGAUGGAGGUAUUCCAAAAAGAUGAGAGCGUGAAACACAUCUUCUGGAUUCCUUGCGUCGCACACAUCAUGGAUCUCAUUCUCGAGGACAUCGAUGGGAUUGAUUGGGUGGCUUCCCGCAUUUCUCAAGCGCGGCUGGUUACAAGGUUCUUCAAGCGCCAUGGACAUGCGAGAGAGGUUCUUGAGGCGCACUCGACGAAGACUCUUCUGCUACCGGCGGAGACGCGUUUCGGCACAAACGUCAUCAUGAUGGAGAGGCUGGUGGCACUGCGGGCCGCAUUGACAGAUGUUGUGGCCGACGAUCGCUGGCGCGAGACUGUUUGGUCGACCAGCAAGAUCCGCAAGGAUGCAGCGGAGGUCACUGCAUGUAUCGGCUCCCCUCCAUGGUGGGAGGACUUGAGAGCUCUGUUCAAGAUGCUAGAGCCCAUCAUGGGCAUGCUGAAGUUGGUGGACAGCGACACACGCCAGAUCAGCAAGAUUCUGCGACGUUACGAGGAAAUAAUUGCAUCUUGUUUAUCCACGUGUCGUGACAUUGAUCGGGAGCAGCAGGACGCUAUUGUGGAGGUGUUCCACAGGCGGCGCACCAUGUUCAAGACCCCCGCCCACACGACAGCCAUGCUCCUAGAUCCAGAGUUCCGGGACGCGACACUUUGUGACAAUGCGGAGGUGCAGCAGGCCUUGGUUGAGGCCCUUGUCCAGUUCAGCUACGCGGAGGAUUCGCCGCAGCACCGGGAGGUCCAACGAGCGUCUCGCAAUAGGUUGGAGGUUCCCCGGGCUGAGAAGCUUGUGCGGUGCCACUGGAACCUCAGGCUACUUGAUCGACCUUCGUUGUGCGACGAUGAUGUUGGAGAGAGGUCCGGCGUCUUCGAGAAAUGGGUGCAUUAUUGGCAGGCCGUGGAGGAUGAGGCAGCCGUGGACCAGCAGCUCGUUAGAGGCACCGGUGUUCUGGCAAAGGUGACCGAGGAGGAGUUGAGCCUCGCCAGAGAGAGGAUGCGCGCCAUUUCCCACAUGGGAGCCGAGCGUCGGGUGGCGGAGUCGGACAGGAGGCGACGCAGGGCUGGUGGUCGGGGACGUGGUGGCCGUGGACGAGCAGGUGUCGGAGGACGUACACGUGGCGAUGCGGGUUCCGAUCCUCGGACUCGGAGACAGCGGACGGAUGGUGGCAUUCGCAGGGCCCGCAUGCGUUGGGACGAGGGUGACUUCUUGUUCGACAGCACAUCUAGCGACGACGACGAUUUCUUUGCGUCGGGAACACAUGCAUCCACGGGUGAUGAUAGAGGUGACGCUGACGACAGAGGCGAUGACAGAGGCGACGGUGAUGACAGAGGGACGAGACCAGACAGAUGCCAGCUGCCGUCGAUGGACAGUGGGGGGCGGAGGGGGGUGACAGAGUGGACGAAGCAGGUUGAGGUGAGAAGAGACGAGGCGGCACGAUCAUCCUCCACGACGACAGCUCCACAGCCGCUGAGGGCAGUAAGACCACAGGCGCCGACGAUCCUGAUGACUCCGAUUACGUUCCGAGGAUCCGUACGGCGGACGGAGAUGACGGCGGAGGUCACCCUAACAUUCACAAUGUCAGCGACAGGCGGAGAUGCUGUCCCCGCUCGAUCGUCGCCCAUUGCGGCAUCUUCGCAGGGGACACCCUAUGCUCGUCAAAGCGUCGAUCGAUCUCCAUGUGCAGCGCAGGGGUUGUUGGGCGUUUCACCGCACAGCGGUCCGGAGGUCCGGUUAGGGAAAAGGCGUCGUGGUAGCGUUUCGAAUGCGACUGGCGGCGGCGUUGGCCCAGGCGUGACACUCAUUUCGCCUUUCGCUGGUGUGUUGGGGGCUUCUCCACCGGGUGUGCCCGCGGUUCGUAACGCAGCCGCGUAUGGAGGUGUGUUUGGUGGUCCGUUGCUGCCAUCCCCACUACUGCCUAGACGGAUGGACUAUGCGGCCACGAUACCUUCAGCACCUGUAUGGUCACAUGCGGUGGCCCCGCCAUGUCCCGAUGAAGGUGCUUCUCGUUCAAGAGAUCGCAGCGACACUUGGCGUUGUCCAACCAAUUCACGUCCACGAGUCGUCGGCACGGCGGCCGGUUCGUUUACGGUGCCGCCUCAGUCUCUCUUUGUCGCUCCAGAUUCUACACCUCCGGUUGACGAUGUCGAUAGCUCUGCGGCAGUCAGUGGCAUGCCGCGUUCGGGCGGCAACAACAUCGUGCGUGUGUGUGUGCGGGUCGUGUGUCGGAGGCGGUUGUACGCUCUCCGCGAUGCUAUGGCCGGUGUGGGUGACCAUCGCGGACCGGUCAGCGACAUUAUUGAUCGACUGCUCCAUUGGUCCUUGCCAGCCAUCCGUGCGGAAUUUGGUGUCGGGGUAGCAGGUGUGAUUUCUUCGUCGUUGCCAUCUCGGGUAUGCGGUCGAGAUUUCACGUUGCGUUAUAUGUCAAACGAUUCCGGUGCUGACUACGGUCAGGGGGGUUCGCAGGGUUCAGCGAGCGGAGGGUUUGGGGAGUCGCAGGAGGGAUCGCAGAACUCGUUCCCGUCGUUGCGUCGUGCAUCGCAGCGCAGUGACAGAGGGCGCGGUAGACCCCGCAGCGCGGGUUGGCCUGAAACUGACCGUGCCAUUGUUGAGGAGGCGAUGGCAUUGUGGAGUGGACCGACAGCGCCGGAUGUUGUGUUUCUGGAGCCGGUCAAGCUCCUUCAAUUGCUGGCCAUGUUUCAUCUAUAUUGCCCAUUGCACAAGGGUUCGUGCCGUGUGUCUGUGGAGUCCGUCUCCUAUCCAGCGCAAAUCUGUAAGCUGACGUUCGUAUGCGACAAGAAAUGUAAAUGGGCAUGGCACACGACACUCGUGACCACGAACGUCUAUCACUCGCGACUGCAGCAGCAGCUCUUUCAUGCGACAGUCACCAUCGGCCUGACGUUCACGCUCCUCGACAACUUUUGUGUUGGUUUAGAGAUGUGUUCGGUGCACAAACCCACGUUCUACAAGUUUAUGCGCACAGAACCGGGGGAGGCGGAGGGGUGGAAUGCCAAGGUCGUACAACAGGACAUUAAAUAUUGUGAGCUUGCCAUUGACACUGUGAUGCGCCGUGGUGAGGCAAUGACGUUGAUGGUCAAUGGUCGAUAUGACUCUGCCAGAGGCGCGCAGCAUUGCACCGUCACCGCAAUGGAGUACGAGACUCGGCUUGUUGUGGGUGUGCACACUCUCCGUCCGAAGAUCGAAGGCAAGGCGUCGAAUGCGCUUGAGGUGCCAUCCGCCGUGCAACAUUUGCGAGGGCUGAUGGAGAAGGGGUUGAAGAUCCGGUGCGUUGUCUCGGAUGAUUGUGUCGCGCUAGGACCGCAGUCGCGAGCUCUGAACAUCGAGUAGCGAAAGGAUUGUCACCACAAAAUAAAAAACAUUCGCAAAC